AUGUCGUACUAUCCAGGAGCAUAUCCAGGUGGCCCUCCACAGCAAGGCUACGGCCAGCCACCGCCGCAACACGGCUAUAACAACCAGGGAGGAUACGGAACACCACCACCACAGCAGUACCCAAAGAUACGGAGAGAUAGACUGACGGAUGCAGUCCUCAUGGCUACGGCCAGCAGCCUCCUUACCAGCAAGCGCCCUACGGACAGCCGUCGCACUCGCCGCAACCUCAACACCUUCACGGCACCCCGCAUGGACCAUGGACAGCAGCAGCAGCAGCAGCAGCAGCAGCAGCAUGGAGGGUACGGGCAGCAGCCUCCCCCAAACAGUGGACAGAUGAACAACGGACGCCCUAACUACCAGAAUGCGUAUAACCACGGUCAUGGAGGCCCCCCUCCACCCCCCAACAACCCCGUCUCAUUCGGCCACGGUGCCCCCCAGGGAUAUAACUUCCAGUACUCAAACUGUACCGGGAAGCGGAAAGCUCUGUUGAUCGGUAUCAACUACUUUAACCAACGGGGCCAGUUGCGCGGCUGCAUCAACGACGUCAAGAACAUGUCCAACUACCUGAGCCAGAGCUACGGGUACGCCAGACAGGACAUGGUUCUGCUCACUGACGACCAGCAGAACCCCAUGAGCCAGCCUACAAAAGCAAACAUCCUGCGUGCCAUGCACUGGUUGGUCAAGGAUGCCAGAGCUAAUGACUCGCUCUUCUUCCACUAUUCAGGCCACGGUGGUCAAACUGCGGAUCUUGAUGGGGAUGAAGAAGACGGCAACGAUGAAGUCAUCUAUCCCGUAGACUUUAGAACGGCCGGCCAUAUCGUAGACGACGAGAUGCACCGUAUCAUGGUCCAACCCCUCGUCCCUGGCGUCCGUCUGACCGCCAUCUUCGACUCCUGCCAUUCUGGCUCCGCUCUCGAUCUACCAUUCAUCUAUUCUACCCAGGGUGUCCUCAAGGAACCCAAUCUCGCCAAGGAGGCUGGUCAGGGUCUUCUGGGAGUCGUCUCUGCGUACGCUCGCGGCGAUAUGGGUGGCAUGAUGAGCGGUGCCGUCGACCUCUUCAAGAAGGCUACCCGUGGCGACGAGAGUUUCAAAAAGGCUCGACAGACCCGUACCAGCCCCGCGGAUGUCAUCAUGUGGUCUGGCAGCAAGGACGUGCAGACCAGCGCAGACGCUACCAUCGGCGGUCAAGCCACCGGCGCCAUGUCCUGGGCGUUCAUCACCGCGCUCAAGAAGAACCCGCAGCAGAGCUACGUGCAGCUGCUCAACAGCAUUCGUGACGAGCUGGCGUCCAAGUAUUCGCAGAAACCGCAGUUGAGCUGCAGUCACCCUCUUGAUACCAACCUUCUGUAUGUCAUGUAAGACGCCCACUA